AUGCGUCAGUUUAGCCUUUCGAAUCGCGUCUGAGUUUCUGAUCCUCAAAUCAACCAUAUCUGACAUUCAUGGCAACAAAUAUUAUAUUAUUAUUUUAAAAUUCUUAUUUUUUAUAUUACUUUCAUUCCACUUUUUAUUAUUUAUUUAUUUUCACUUUUCUCUCUCUCUCUCUCUCUUUCCUCGAUGAAAUCACGAAACUCUCUUCUUCGUUCUGUACAAAUACUAGUUUUGAUUCCAUUUAUUUCGUGAAUCUUUUUUAUUUUCUUUUUAUGCUCACAUAAAUUUUUUUAUUUUAAAAAAGUUCUUUUUAGCUUUUUAGUGUUUGGGUAAUGAGAAAACCAGAGGGUAGAUUUUCUGGGAUGGACUCUGGACUCUCAGGCUCUGUAAAUGUUCCUGCAAAAUGUAGUCAGCUGAGUUUGGGAGAGAGAAGGGAACUAGUUCACAAAAUUGCUCAAUGGUCAGAAGAUGCCCCAAAGGUUCUUACUUCAUUUACCCGAGGAGAGCUUCGUGAAAUCAUCUGUGCUGAAAUGGGUAAAGAGAGGAAGUACACUGGAUUUACAAAAUUUAGAAUGAUAGAGCACCUUCUGAAGUUAAUUGCUGGUAAGUCCAAGAAGAAAUGUAUAAAUAAUUCUCUUGAUCUUUCUGCAGCAAAAACUGAAAAAAGAUUUAAAAGACAAAGGAAGAAAGACAAUCCAUCUCCAUUACCUACUGAGUUGGAUCAUUCUCACUGUGGGAGCUUUAAAGAAAAUUUAAGAAUCUUGAUAUGUCAGAAUCUUGCAUGCAGAGCUACUUUGAGUCCAGAAGAUGUUUUUUGCAAGAGGUGUUCUUGCUGUAUUUGCCAUUGUUAUGAUGAUAACAAGGAUCCUACUCUAUGGUUAACAUGUGAAUCUGAUCCUCCUGAUGAGGGUGAGUCUUGUGGAAUGUCAUGCCAUCUGAGAUGUGCUUUCCGGCAUGAAAAGGCUGGGUUGAAUGAUGGUUGCUCUACAAAGUUGGAUGGAAGUUUCUGUUGUGUUUCUUGUGGAAAAAUUAACGGAAUAAUGAGAGCCUGGAGAAGACAGUUGUUGGUUGCCAAGGUGGCAAGAAGAGUUGAUGCACUGUGUCUGCGAGUCUCCCUGUGCCACAAAAUUCUAGAAGGAACUGAGCAGUACAAAGAACUGCUCAAGAUUGUAGGAACUGCUGCAAAGACCCUUGAGAAUGAAGUGGGUCCUCUUGAUCUGGCAUGCAUGAAGAUGGAUCGUGGCAUUGUCAACAGGCUCUCAUGUGGUGCCGAGGUCCAGAAAAUGUGCAGUUCUGCAGUGGAAACUUUUGAUUCCAUGUUUUCCAACCCAGACUCUGGUUAUAUAAAGCAUAAAGAUUCACCAACAUGCAGGAUCCACUUUGAAGAAUCGUCUGCAACCACAGUAAUCGUUGUCCUAGAAUACGAAGAUUGUCUGCUGGAGGAAUUCUUGGGUUGCAGGGUGUGGCACCGGAAAUCUACCAUGAAGGAUUACCCAGAAGAAGCCAGUUACAUUGUACUAAAGCCGGAAAAGAGAUUCAAGUUGAUUGAUCUUGAUCCCUCAACUGAGUAUUUCUGCAAGGUCUCUCUCUUUAGUAACACGGGAACUUUGGGUACUUGGGAAGCAAAAUGGCUCACACCUGUGUCAAAUGGAAGCUCUGUCCCAAUUUUACAUGACCAUGGAGAGGAAAAAGAUGCCUUAAUAGUUGAUGCUCAGCUAUCAAAGGAUUUAAUGAAUUGUAGCAACACUAAGUUAGCAUUGGGCAACCAUUUUGCAGAGCUUCAAUCAUUGAAUGACAUCAAGAAGAACAAGAAUGAUGGCUCUCUUGUGCUGCAUAGCAAAAUAAAGUUGGGUGACCGUUUUGCAAAGCUUCAAUCAUUGAAUGACAUCAACAACAACAACAAUGAUGGUUCCCUCGCCCUGCAUCCAUACACGAUGAAGGUUUCAUUGGCAAGUCCUACUUUCAAUUCUCCUUCUACUCCGUGUAGGUCUGAUAAAAUAACAGAACUAUCAGGCCUGGGUAGCAAGAAGCACUUAAAGGAGAGCGAUUAUGAGUAUUCCGUGAGAGUAAUUAGAUGGCUAGAAAAUGAAGGGCACAUAGAUACAGAUUUCAGAGUGAAGUUCCUCACUUGGUUCAGCUUGAAAGCCACAAUGCAACAGAGAAGGGUCGUGAGCGUUUUCAUAGACACUUUUGUUGAUGACCCUCCAAGCUUGGCUGGGCAGCUUAUUGACACCUUCACGGAUGAGAUUUGCAAUGAGCAGAAAUUAGUUCUCCAACCCGGAUUCUGCAUGAGAUUAUGGCAUUAAAUAUUGAACAGAACAUGCCAUUUUCUGCUUUAAAUAGCCUUUGGUGGAAAACAGUACAGUAUAGUUAUCAAUUUUAGAGUACUAAAGCAAACAGGUAUGAAUAUCCUUGAUAAUGGGACCAUAUAGUUUGGUUAGAUGACAGGUUGAGAUGCAUUUUUCUUUUGCAGAACAGAAUAGAGCAGUGAAUUCUGUUGAUAUUGCACCACAUGAGAGCAUUAUUCUGCUAAGUGUCUCGGAAUAUUUUUUACAAAUUUUUAAAUCUUUUUUCUAUUAUUCGAUCACAGAAGUCGCAAGCAUCCAUUUCUCAA